AUGGGUGUUGCAGUAGGCGACUUUAAUGGAGAUACUCAUCUCGAUAUCGUGACUGCGAAUUUCGGUAGUUCUGCAUUGAGUAUAUUAUUUGGGAAUGGAGAUGGUAGCUUCCAGACGCAGACCACAGUCACUAUUGGGGAUAUACAGGAGAAUGUUGCAGUAGGCGACUUCAAUAAAGAUGGCCAUCUCGAUAUUGCGACUACGAAUAUAUUCAGCAAUUCAGUGGGCAUCUUACUCGGGAAUGGAGAUGGGACCUUCCAGGCACAGGUAACAUACCCCGUGGGGUCUCAUCCGAACGGUAUUGCAGUAGGCGACUUCAAUAACGAUGGCCAUCUUGAUAUUGUGGUUGCAAAUCAGGGAAGCAAUACAGUGGGUAUCUUGCUCGGGAAUGGAGAUGGGACCUUCCAGGCGCAGAUUGUAUAUGCUGCCGGGACCGAGCCGUUCGGUAUUGCAGUAGGUAUUUUCAGCGAGGAUGGUUACCUUGAUAUUGUGGUUACGAGUUUCGAUGAUAAUACAGUGAGCGUCUUUCUUGGGAAUGGAGAUGGUACAUUCCAGGGACAGACUACAUUCCCUACAGGGAAAACACCGCACAGUGUUACAGUGGGCGACUUCAAUGAAGAUGGCCAUCUCGAUAUCGCGACUACAAAUUAUCAAGAUAGUGCAACGGGUAUCUUGCUUGGAAAUGGAGAUGGUACCUUCCAGGCGGAGACCAGCUACGACGUGGGUGUCGAGCCGUUUGAUAUUACAACAGGCGAUUUUAACGGGGAUGGCCAUCUCGAUAUUGUGUCUGCAAACCAGGGCAGCAAUACACUGAGCGUCUUGCUUGGAAAUGGAGAUGGUACCUUCCAGACGCAGACCACAUACCCCGCAGGGUCUGAACCGGUUGGUGUUGCAGUGGGCGACUUCAAUGGAGAUGGCCAUCUCGAUAUCGUGGAUACAAACCAGGGCAGCAAUACAGUGGGCGUCUUUCUCGGCCAGCCUUGCAGCGCUUAG